AGAGGCACAACCAGGAACUCAGUCGGGCUCAGUCUCCACCCCGAAGCGGGGCGGGUCCAGCCCGGAUAAGACCCGCAGCCCGGCCCUCCACGAGGGUGUGAUCUCCGCGGCUGCAGGGGACGAUUGCGGCCCCGCCUCGGCACCCAGCGAGAAAUUUCCGUUCGGGUGACUGAACUCUGACCUUGGCAUCGAGUCCCGGCCAUGGCAGCCAAAGGGGGCACCAUCAAGGCAGCUUCUGGGUUCAACGCCGCCCAGGAUGCCCAGACCCUGAGGAAGGCCAUGAAGGGGCUUGGCACCGAUGAAGAUGGCAUUAUCGGGGUCCUCGCCUACCGCAGCACCUCCCAGCGCCAGGAAAUCAAGACCGCCUACAAGUCCACCAUUGGCAGGGACCUGGUGGAUGAUCUGAAGUCGGAACUGAGCGGCAACUUCGAGCGGGUGAUCGUGGGGAUGAUGACGCCCACCGUGCUGUACGACGUGGAGGAGCUGAGGCGGGCCAUGAAGGGAGCUGGCACAGAUGAGGGCUGCCUGAUCGAGAUCCUGGCCUCCCGGUCCCCGGAGGAGAUCCGACGCAUCAACCAGGUCUACCAGCAGCAAUACGGACGGAGCCUUGAAGAUGACAUUCGCUCUGACACAUCGUUCAUGUUCCAGCGAGUGCUUGUGUCCCUGUCAACUGGUGGCAGGGAUGAAGGAAGUUAUCUGGAUGACAAUCUUGUGAGACAGGAUGCCCAGGCUCUGUUUGAUGCUGGAGAGAAGAAAUGGGGUACAGAUGAGGUACAAUUUCUAAGCAUUCUCUGUUCCCGGAAUCGAAAUCAUCUGUUGCAUGUGUUUGAUGAAUACAAAAGGAUAUCACAGAAGGAUAUUGAACAGAGUAUUAAAUCUGAAACAUCUGGUAGCUUUGAAGAUGCUUUGCUGGCUAUAGUAAAGUGCUUGAGGAACAAAUCUGCAUAUUUUGCUGAAAGGCUUUAUAAAUCUAUGAAGGGUUUGGGCACCGAUGAUGACACUCUCAUCCGAGUGAUGGUUUCUCGAGCAGAGAUUGAUAUGCUGGACAUCCGGGCAUACUUCAAGAAGCUCUAUGGGAAGUCCCUGUACUCCUUCAUCAAGGGUGAUACAUCCGGAGACUACAGGAAAGUACUGCUCAUUCUCUGCGGAGGAGAUGAUUAAAAUAAAAUCCAUGAAGGAUAGGAUCCCCAACACUUUGGAUUUUUUUUUAACUGCAUUUUUCUACACUGCAAUUAACAUUAUCUCACAAUGCUUAUUUCCAAUUAAAAUGCCUCCAGUUGCCUCCUAGGAUAUAAACUGUCUGUAUUAUUAUUCAUCUAUAAUUAAUCAUUCUGAUGCUUUAAAGCUGUAUUUGCAUUUCAAAGCUUAUAAAACCUGAAAGGAAAUUUAAAAUUAGAAGUAAAAAUGCACUCCAUGCUUUUAAACAGAUUUCUUCUUCCAUGGUGGUAGAGAGAAAUUGGAAUGUAUUAAAUUAUUUCAUGUUUACUUUUUGGAGAAAAAUUAUUAAAGUGGAAGACUGGAAGAUUAUUCUAAAAUCAUUUUUCUUCCCUAAUCCUAUUUUUAGAGUGGCUAAUCAUUUAUUGAUUUGAAAUUUGUGAGCAAUCAGUUAGUAAGAACAUUCAUUCAAUUUACUCUUUACAUGGUAACAUAGAUUGAAAGUACCCACAAGUCUCCUUUGUUUAGGUUUUGUCUGUAGCAUUGGUUAAUCUAUUAAAUUUGGCCUGGGAGACUUUCCCCUCACGUAUUCUGUUAAGAUCGCUGACUCUGUCCAGGUAUGUCCAAAUCACCAACUUGUCUGAACAAGUUGUACCAGCCACGUAAGUCUGGUUACCAAACAUAAAUGUUGAACAUUCCACAAUAUGAUGGUUAAUGUCUUAAUCCUGCUUGAAGAUGAAUGGAAAAAAUAUUACGUUUCAAACCUAGGUAUUCUGGUAAUUGUGUAAUGCUCUGAAUUGAAUUUGGUGUAAGGAAGCUCUUUGUGCUCAAAAUAAUUUGUAAACUCCUUUUCUAUUUCAAUGGUUUGUAGUAACUUGCUUUGCAUUGGGCCUUUCAAAUCCAAAAUAAUUGUGAAGGUUUACUUGGAUUUAAUUCAAAAGUUCAGUUUGUAUACAACAUGGAAAAAUAAUUGUAAUAAAACAUUAUGUCUUUAAAA